AUGAAGCCAGCAGCCAAGGUCAGACCUCCGGUCUUCAAUGAAGCAUUGGGAGUACACGAAGCAGCCCUGUUGAAAAAGAGGGCAACGCUUGUGAGCUUCAUCUAUCCAGCGCAGAAUCCAGAUCUCCUGGACAAGCUUGCUCAGCGUGAAGCCACUGUCUUGGCCAUGGACCAAGUACCCCGAGUCACGAUUGCUCAAGGAUACGACGCCUUAAGCUCGAUGGCCAACAUUGCUGGGUACAAAGCUGUAGUACUAGCAGCCAAUCAUUUUGGACGGUUUUUCACCGGGCAAAUUACAGCUGCUGGAAAGGUUCCUCCAGCAAAGAUUCUGAUAAUUGGAGGUGGUGUUGCUGGCUUGGCCGCAGCCGGAGCAGCCAAAUCGAUGGGAGCCAUUGUCCGAGGAUUUGAUACCAGGCCCCCUGCUUUGGAACAGUUUAAAUCCCUCGGCGCAGAACCGUUAGAAGUCGACAUUGCUGAAGGAGGCGAAGGUGUUGGCGGGUAUGCAAAGGAGAUGUCCAAAGAGUUUAUCGAGGCAGAAAUGGCAUUAUUUGCCAAACAGUGUAAAGAGGUGGAUAUUCUUAUUAGCACUGCCCUUAUUCCAGGAAAAAAGGCUCCCAUUUUGAUAACCCAAAAUAUGGUGGAGUCCAUGAAGGAAGGCUCGGUCAUUGUAGAUCUGGCUGCCGAGGCAGGGGGCAAUGUGGAAACCACCCGUCCGAACGAACUUCACGUUCACAAGGGCGUGGUGCACAUUGGUUACACGGACCUGCCAAGUCGCAUGGCUACCCAAGCCACCAGCCUUUAUUCCAACAACAUCUUAAAGUUGUUAAAAGCGAUUUCGCCCAGCAAAGAAUACUUUGACUUUGAGUUGAAGGAUGAUUUUGAUUAUGGGACGAUUUCUCACGUCAUCAGAGGGACCGUAGUGAUGAAGGACGGGAAGAAUUUGUUUCCAGCACCUUUGCCUAAAUCCUUGCCACCCCCACCUCAAGCUAAACAAAAAACUGUCCAAGAGUUGGAAGCUGAGAAAACGGCUUCCAUCUCACCAUUCAAAAAGACAAUGACUUCAGCUGGUGUUUAUACUACAGGUAUUUUUAAAAUGGUCUCAGCAGGUUUGCUGGUGUGUCAUUCCUGUUGAUGCCUGGGAACCUUUGGCCUUGCUGGGAUUUAUCUCAUUACUUGUUUGGGUGUCACCCGGCUCUUGCAGCUGAUGUCUGUCACAAAUGCCAUUUCUGGCCUUACUGCUGUUGGGGGUUUGGUGCUGAUGGGCGGAUCUUACCUUCCUUCAAGCGUACCGCAGACAUUAGCUUUACUGGCUGCAUUUGUUUCAUCUGUAAAUAUCGCAGGUGGUUUCUUAAUUACCCAGAGAAUGCUGGACAUGUUUAAGCGGCCAACAGAUCCACCUGAAUAUAAUUAUCUUUACCUCCUCCCCGGAGCAGUGUUUGUUGGAGGAUAUGGGGCAUCUCUUGCCAGCGGAUACGGCAUCGAGCAGAUGAUAUAUCUGGGCUCCGGUCUUUGCUGCGUUGGAGCACUUGCAGGACUGAUGGCCAGGUCACAUCUGGAGCUUAGCAGCAUACAAGGGAUGAUUGGGGUUGCCGGUGGCAUAGCGGCUACAUUGGGUGCUUUGAAACCAUCACCAGAAGUCCUGGCCCAAAUGUCCACAGCCAUGGCGAUGGGGGGCACUAUGGGUCUCACCAUUGCGAAACGGAUUGAAAUCUCUGACCUUCCACAGCUUGUUGCUGCAUUUCACAGUCUGGUUGGCUUGGCAGCCGUUCUGACGUGCGUCGCGGAGUACAUGAUCGAAUAUCCACACCUUGAUGUUCACCCUUCUGCCAAUGUUCUCAAAACCGUGGCUUACUUGGGCACCUAUAUUGGGGGAGUAACUUUCAGUGGUUCUUUGGUAGCGUAUGGAAAACUGCAAGGUUUAUUAAACUCGGCUCCCCUCCUGCUGCCUGGACGCCACUAUUUGAACGGUGGGCUGCUGGCUGCCUCGAUUGGUGGGAUGAUCCCUUUCAUGCUGGACUCAAGCUACACCACAGGCAUGGCUUGCCUUCUGGGCGUUUCAGGACUCUCCUCGAUCAUGGUAGGACCCCAUUCUGGUUUAAAGGAGUACUGUCUGACUUCCCUUCUUUCCCGAUGGAUAGGACCAGGUGCAGGCAAGGGGUAG